CUAAAGAGCAGAAACUUCAUCUGGAAACUCAAAGGCGACUUUUAGUUGACGUGUAAGAUGGAAUAAUUUAACUGCAUCGUUCAUCUUUCUACAUUUGAAGAACUUUGAAUCCUGAAUCUGAAUGCUGUUUCUGCUUGCUCUGCUCAUCGGCUCAUAGAGACUCCACAGAUUCAGUUCUCUCAGUCUGCAGGAGAAUCUACAAUCAACAAGACUUCAGUCAGGAAAAAGACAGCUGUUGUUUCUCUAGAGAAAUGAAGAUGAAGGAGGACCUGUUGAACACUCUGGAAGAUUUGAUAGAGAAGGAAUUUGAGGACUUCAAGUGGUUCCUAAAGGAUGAAAGUCUGGAAGGCCACCAAGCCAUCAAAGCAUCCCAGCUGGAGAAGGCAGAGAGACGGGACACCGUGGAUCUGAUGGUGCAGACCUACCAACUUCCUGGAGCUGUGGAGGUGACCAAGAAGCUUUUACAGAAGAUCAACAGGAAUGAUCUGCUGCAGAGUUUAUCAGACAGCAGCUCAGGACCAGAAGAACCAGAGCCACAACCCAUCUCAAAUUACCAAAAAUGGCUUCGAGAAAACUUCCAGAACAAGUUUAUGUGCGCACAAGAAGGAUUGGCAAAGAAGAAGGAUGAGCAACGUCUGGAUGAUAUCUACACAGAGCUGUACAUCACAGCCGGGGGUGACAUACACAUCAACAAACAGCAUGAGGUCCUACAGAUUGAGAUGGCAGGGAAGGCAACAGAAACAGAGAAAUCAGUUGAACCCAGUGACAUGUUCAAACACCCUUCUGGAAAAUACAGACCCAUAAGAACAGUUCUGACCAAUGGAAUUGCAGGAAUUGGAAAAACAUUUCUUGUGCACAAGUUUGUGUUGGACUGGGCUGAAGGAAGAACCAAUCAAGAUGUGCAUCUCAUUUUCCCCUUCACAUUCCGUCAGCUGAAUUUACUGAUGGGGCAAAAGUUUUGUUUGGCCGAGCUCAUUCAUAAAUGUAUCAGGGAGACCAAAGAUAUCAAGGAGGAUGCUCUUAAUCACAUCUUUACAACUCUACAGUCAUCAGGAAACACCAACUAUGACAAGAGUAAAUACAAACUUCUGUUUGUGUUUGAUGGACUGGAUGAGAGCCGCCUUCAUCUGGACUGCUCUACUAAUGAAGAGCAGGAUGAAGAUUUUAAUGUUACAGAGACCACCUCAGUGGAUGCGCUGCUGGCAAACCUCAUCAAGAAGAAUCUGCUUCCCUGUGCUCGCCUCUGGAUAACCACACGACCUACAGCAGCCAAUCAGAUCCAUUCUGAUUUUGUUGACAUGGCAACAGAGGUCAGAGGGUUCACUGACCAACAGAAGGAGGAGUACUUCAGGAAGAAAUUCAGAGAUGAGCAGCAGGCCACACAGGACACAAUCAUCUCCCACAUCAAGACAUCACGAAGCCUCCACAUCAUGUGCCACAUCCCAGUCUUCUGCUGGAUCACUGCUACAGUUCUGGAGGAUGUGUUGAAAAACAGAGAGGGAGGAGGGCUGCCCAAGACCCUGACUGAGAUGUACACAAAAUUCCUGAUGUUUCAGAUUCUUCGGACGGAAAAAAAAUAUGGCCCAGAAAAGUGCGUUAAGUACAUUAAAUCAUUAGCAAAACUGGCUUUCCACCAGCUGGAAAAGGGCAACCUGAUCUUCUACGAGAAGGACCUGAGAGAGAGUGGCAUUGAUGUCAGUGGAGCUGCAGUGUGCUCAGGAGUGUUCACACAGAUCUUUAAAGAGGAGCGUGGGAAUGAAGACAAGAUGUUCAGCUUUGUCCAUCUGAGCAUUCAGGAGUUUUUGGCAGCUUUCUAUGUAGAGAAGUCUCUCAUUGACAGAAACAGGAAUGUCAUGUCUGAGCCAGGGCAAACUUGCGGUGAGCAUGUACGAAUGUUUUUCAGCAAAACGUCUGUGAGAGAGCUCCACAGGUUCGCUAUUGACAAGGCCUUACAGAGUCCAAAUGGACACCUGGACUUGUUCCUUCGCUUCUUCCUGGGUCUUUCACUGGAGACCAAUCAGAAUCUCCUACGAGGCCUACUAAAAAAGAAAAGAAGCUCACAGAUGAGUUAUGAAACAGUCGAGUACAUUAAGGAGAAGAUAAAUGAGAAUCUGUCUUCAGAGAGAAGCAUCAAUCUGUUCCACUGUCUGAAUGAACUGAAUGAUCGUUCUCUAGUGGAGGAGAUCCAACAGUACCUGAGUUCAGCACGUCUCUCCACAGAUAAAUUGUCUCCUUCUCAGUGGUCAGCUCUGGUCUUCAUCUUACUGUCGUCAGAAAAAGAUCUGGAUGUGUUUGACCUGAAAAAAUACUCUGCUUCAGAGGAGGCUCUUCUGAGGCUGCUGCCAGUGGUCAAAGCCUCCAACAAAGCUCUGUUGAAAUGCUGUAAUCUGUCAGAGAGAAGCUGUGAUGCUUUGUCUUCAGUUCUCAGUUCCCGGGCCUGUAGUCUGAUAGAGCUGGAUCUGAGUGAAAACAGACUGCAGGAUUCAGGAGUGAACUUGCUCUCUGCUGGACUGGAGAACCCACACUGUACACUGGAGAUUCUCAGGUUGAGUGACUGUAAUCUGUCAAAGCGAAGCUGUGACGCUCUGUCCUCAGUUCUCAGCUCCCGGUCCUCUAGUCUGAGAGAGCUAGAGCUGAGUGACAAUGACCUGCAUGAUUCAGGAGUGAAGCUGCUCUCUGCUGGACUGGAGAGUCCAAACUGUAUACUGGAAAUUCUCAGCUUGUCGGGCUGUCUGAUCACAGAGGAAAGCUGUGCUUCUCUGGCCUCAGCUCUGAGAUCCAACCCCUCCCAUCUGAGAGAGCUGUACCUAAGCUACAAUCAUCCAGGAGCCUCAGGAGUGAAGCUGCUGAAGGAUCCACACUGCAGGCUGGACACUCUCAGGGUGGAUCAUUGUGGGGAGCAGAGGCUGAAACCUGGUCUGAGGAAGUAUGUCUGUGAACUCACACUGGACACAAACACAGCACACAAAUACCUCAAACUGUCUGACAACAACAGGGAGGUGACAGCAGUGACAGAGGAGCAGCCAUAUCCUGAACAUCCAGAGAGAUUUGAUGUCUAUUAUCAGCUGCUGUGUAGAGAUGGUCUGACUGGUCGCUGUUACUGGGAGGUCGAGUGGAGUGGAUUGGUUUAUAUAUCAGUGAGUUACAGAGGAAUCAGAAGGAAAGGAGACAGUAAUGACUGCUUGUUUGGAGGGAAUAAUCUCUCCUGGAGUCUGAGGUGCUCUGAUGAUGAUGGUUACUCUAUCUGGCACAAUAACAGGAAAAAAGACCUCCCCUCCACCUCCUCCUCCUCCUCCUCCUCCUCCUCCUCCUCUGUCUCUAACAGAGUAGCAGUGUAUGUGGACUGUCCUGCUGGCACUCUGUUCUUCUACAGAGUCUCCUCUGACACACUGAUCCACCUCCACACCUUCAACAUCACAUUCACUGAACCUCUGUAUGCUGGGUUCUGGAUAUUGUCUGGUUCCUCAAUGUCUCUGUGCUCACUGUAGGAGGAAGAGUCUCCUCCUGUGUAGAGAAACACUGAUGACAGACACACUUUUUAUUAGUCAUAUUAAUCUACUCCAGGAAACAUCUCCAGUUGUUUUGCUUUAGUGAAUGUAAUGUGUGUCCAUGAUUCUAAAUGCUGCGAGACAUCAAAUAUGUUUCCAAGAUUUUAGUUUUCUUUUUUUUUUACUUUGCAAUCUGAAAAUGUUGUCAUAUAAAUAAGUAUGUAUAUCCACUAAAACCUGAUUCUACACACAUGUAUAUAUGGGGUUUUUUUCAAACAAAUGUACCAAUAAUUUUACUUUGUAGAAAUAUGAUUCCACAGUUUUUGUAAAUGAGAUGUUAUUAGAAAAUA